AAUCUGAUUUUUUUUUCUUUAUACCUUUUUAUUCAAUCUUGCAUGGAUUCAUCUGUUUGACUCAUCUGUAUCUUUAAAAAAAAAAGAGAGAAAAAAAGAAUCUUAUGUAUUAAAUAUUAUGGUUAAUUUACUUAAUUGAGAAGUUUUGUGUCUAAGUCUUUAUCAGAAGACUGCAAUAGCCCCUCCCAAGCGACAUUUUUCAAACUAGACCAUUUAGGAAGUCUAUAGCAAAAAUUUCGUUGAAAAAACUAAGAAACUUCCAUCUCAUUUUUUUUUAGUCCGUAAAUUCAACACAUUUAUUCUAGCGGUUUAAAUCUCUAAAUCUCUAAAGUCCGUAAACUAGAUUCAUUCAAGACAUUAAAUCUCUAAUACGCACAUUUAUUCUCACUCCCAUGGCUUCUUCUUCUUCUUCCUCUUUGUCUCGCACAUGGCAAUACCGCGUCUUCACGAGCUUCCAUGGGCCAGACGUCCGUAAGACAUUUCUGAGUCACUUACGCAAACAGUUUAACUACAAUGGGAUUACUAUGUUCGAUGACCAAGGGAUCGAGAGAAGCCAAACCAUCGCCAAUGCUCUUACACGAGCGAUUAGGGAAUCAAGGAUCUCCAUCGUGGUGCUCUCGAAGAACUAUGCUUCCUCGGGCUGGUGCUUAAACGAAUUGGUGGAGAUAUUGGAGUGCAAAGAAGAUAUGGGACAGAUCGUGAUGACGGUCUUCUAUGGAGUUGAUCCAUCUGAUGUACGGAAACAGACGGGAGAUUUUGGGAUCGCUUUCAAUGAAACUUGUACUCGUAAAACAGAGCAGGAGAGGCAAAGAUGGAGCCAAGCUUUGAACGAUGUUGGAAACAUAGCUGGAGAACACUUGCAAAACUGGGACAAUGAAGCAAUAAUGAUCGAGAAGAUUGCAAGAGACGUUUUAGAUAAACUAAAUGCUACACCCUCUAAGGAUUUUGAUGGCAUGGUGGGACUUGAGGCACAUUUGAGAGAAAUGGAGUCUUUGCUAGAUUUAGAUAAUGAUGAAGUCAAGAUGGUUGCAAUCUCUGGUCCUGCAGGGAUUGGUAAGACAACCUUAGCUAGAGCUUUACAUGAUCAACUCUCGAAUAAGUUUCAACUUAAUUGUUUUGUGGACAACCUUAGGGUAAGUUGUCAUAGCGGUUUUGAUGAGUAUGGUUUGAAGCUACGUUUACAAGAACAAUUUCUUUCAAAGCUCUUGAACCAAAGUGGUAUGAAGAUACGCCAUUUAGGUGCAAUAAAAGAAAACCUAAGCGACCAGAAAGUGCUUAUUAUUCUUGAUGAUGUGAACAAUCUAAAGCAAUUGGAGGCUUUGGCUAAUGAAACUACAUGGUUUGGUCCUGGAAGUAGGAUUGUAGUGACCACAGAUAAUCGAGAGCUUUUGCAGCAACAUGGUAUCAAUAAUACAUACCAUGUGGGUUUCCCAUCUAGACAAGAAGCUCUUCUGAUCUUAUGCAGGUAUGCUUUUCGACUAACCGCUCCACACCAUGGUUUCAAGGUGCUCGCCGAAAGAAUAUCAGAACUUUGUGGUAAGCUUCCAUUGGCUCUACGUGUGGUGGGUUUAUCUUUACGUGGGAAGAAGGAGGAAGAAUGGGAAGAUGUAGUAAGCAGGUUAGAAACCAUUCUUGAUCGCGAUAUCGAGGAUGUAUUACGAGUCGGUUAUGAAGGUUUAGAUGAGAAUGAGCAAACAUUAUUUCUCCACAUAGCAGUCUUCUUCAACAAUGAAGAUGGUGAUAUCAUGAAAGCCAUGUUCAAUGACAAUAACUUGGAUGUCAAACGCGGUUUGAAGAUCCUAGUCAAUAGAUCUCUCAUAAACAUAUGUAGUCUCACUGGGAAGAUAGUGAUGCACAAAUUACUACAGCAAGUGGCUAGACAAGCCAUUCGUAAACAAGAGCCUUGGAAACGUCAAAUCUUAAUGGAUCCUCAUGAGAUUUGUGAUGUCCUCGAAAAUGAAACAGGUACUAGAGCUGUGUCUGGAAUAUCAUUUGAUAGAUAUGAUAUCGAUGAAGUAUCUAUCAGCGAGAACGCUCUUAAAAGAAUGCCAAAUCUUCAAUUCCUCAGAGUUUACCAGACAAGAGAUAAUAAAAUGCAUAUACCCGAGAAGAUGGAGUUCCCACGUCGUCUAAGGCUAUUACAUUGGGAGUCAUACCCAAGAAAGAGUCUUCCUUCUACAUUUCAUCCUGAAUAUCUUGUCGAACUCAAUAUGCGGGAAAGCCAGUUCGAAUACCUCUGGCAAGGAACACAGCCGCUAAGAAAUCUCAAGAAGAUGGAUUUAUUAGGGUCCAAGAAUUUGAAAGAACUCCCUGAUCUUUCAAAUGCUACAAAUCUGGAGAUGUUGGAACUCGCCAAAUGCAUAAACCUACAAAUCAUUCCAACACACAUGAACCUAGUAUCCCUUGUACGCGUCUCUAUGUUCGGAUGCUUCAGAUUGAGAGAUAUUCCAGUUAUGUCAACAAACAUCGAAGAACUGUACAUCACCGAAACAGCCAUUGAAAAUGAGCCACCAUCAAUUAGGCUUUGCACUCGUCUUGAGGUUCUCAAUCUAAGCCGCAGUGUAAAGCUAAAGGGCAUAACACAUCUCCCCAAGAGUGUCACAUGCCUAGACGUAAGCUACUCUGGUAUUGAAAAGAUUCCAGAAUGCAUCAAAGCUCUUCAUCGGCUAAAAUUCUUAUACCUAGGAAGCUGCAAAAGACUCACAUCAUUGCCAGAGCUCCCUGGUUCGCUUCGAUUACUAAUUGCAGAUGAUUGUGAAUCACUGGUGACUGUAUUUUCCCCUUUGAACAUUACUCCACCUGCGUGUGGCCUCCUCGAAUGUGGCCUCGAUUUCAUUAACUGUUUCAAAUUGGACCAACAAGCAAAAAGAGCAAUCAUCCAACAAUCUUUUUCUCCAGGAGGAGGAGUCACUCUCUUUCCAGGAAGACAAGUGCCUGAAGAGUUCGAUCACCGUGCCAAAGGAAAUUGCUUGACGGUUCGCUCCAAUGGUAACAAUCCUCUCUCCAGAUUAAAAGUAUGCGUCGUGAUUUCUCCUCCUCGCCAAGAACAUAGGCUUGGUCGUUUCUAUAAAAACCUUCUGUGUCGUCACGUAGCUAAAGACGACUUAUACCCAGUUGAGAUCUCCAUCUUCGUAGGCGAUGUUUCCAAAUUUCGAAGGGAGCAUUUGUUUAUAUUCACCAUUCACCAUCACUGGCCAUGUAUGGAUCCCUCUGAUGUGAACAGGGAGAUAGUAUUUGAAUUCAGCAACGAAAUUCAAUAUUUUGACAUUAUCGAAUGCGGUGCUCAGAUCUUGACGGACCACGACGACGUUGAGUUUGAAUCUAGCGAAGCCUUUGAAGACGAAAUUGAGUUUGAAUCCACCGGAGCCUAUGAAGACGACACCGAACAAGGUGAUUCCGUAGAAGACGAGCAUCUUCGAACAGAUUGUUGGAGUUGGCUCUUCCUCUGCUUCGACCUCUCCCAAUUUGUGAGACAUGUCGGAAGCUUGAUUUCAGGAAGAAGACGAUCAAAUCCGGAAACCAUGUACAAUUGAAGCAGUUAGAAGAAGAGUGUGUUAGAGAUUUUGGAUCACCAUCACCUUGCUUCGAUAAUUGGGAUGAGUAUUUGGUUUGGGGAAGAUGAUGACGUGGCCUUCGGCUUAAUCCAAUGCGUUGUGGAGUCCUUUCUAUGUAACAAAAUGGGCUGAUGUUAGGCCUAUCAUUGGAAAACAGUGUAAUCCAUCUCGUUUAUGUUCUUUUUUUUUUUUUUUUUUUAAAAAAAUCAAAAGCUCAUCUCUUACAAACUUUUUUUUACAAAUUGUUCAAAGCUCAACUCGGUGAGAAUGUACACAAUGGGUUAUAUUUUAAUCAAUAAAUACUUAAA